AUGACGGGAAGGGUUGGGGAGGUGGAGACUCAUCCGUGUGGGAUAAAAGAUGCGAACAUCCCAGCUCCCAAUCCAAGGUACAGCAUCUCUAGACCCCCAGUUCUCGCCCAAAAGACCCCCAGAUCCCAACAACAAGACCCCAGAUCCCAACAACAAGACCCCCCUGAUCCCAACCGCAAGACCCCCAGAUCCCAACCACAAGACCCCCAGAUCCCAACCACAAGACCCCCAGAUCCCAACAACAAGACCCCCCAGAUCCCAUCAAUAAGACCCCCCCCCCAGAUCCCAACAAGAAGACCCCCAGAUCCCAACCACAAGACCCCCAGAUCCCAACCACAAGACCCCCAGAUCCUAACAACAAGACCCCCAGAUCCCAGCAACAAGACACCCAGAUCCCAAUCACAAGACCCCCAGAUCCCAACCACAGGACCCCCACCUCCCAAUAUCAAGACUACCACCUUCCGACAUCAAGACCCCUCCCUAUUUAAGGAUGCCUUAGCUAACAACGCAUACAUCUGCAUAACAAAUAAAAAAAAACAGCAACAUAUGCUCGACUAUUCUUCUUAUCUUUUCAGCAACAACACAAUCAAAUAA